AGAAUCUCAUCAAACGAACUAUAUUAUUCAUAUUGAAAAAAACUGCGUUGACUUCACAUAAUAUUUGUAACGGGAUACUUCUUUUUCAUUGCAGUCUAGGAGAGUUAUUGAAACUCAUCCAACGAUCAAUAUUUCCUGUUGAAAAAACAACAACAACACGUUGACAUUAUAUUUGUCACUGGAUAUGUCUGUUCAAUACUUCCUUUUGGAAAGAAACACGUUGACUUGACAUAAUAUUUGUAACUUGAUGCUUCUGUUUAAAUGCCGCCUAGGUGUAUUGAAAGUUAUGGCUGUUCACGGUCUGAUGACACUUAAGAAAUGAAUACAUUAAAUGCAUUCAACGGAUAACUCGCAGUGGGUAGAGGUUGCGAAGAAGUAGGUAACAAGAUGUGUUUUAUAAAAUUAAAAGUAGUGACAACCAUUUUGUUAGUUUUAUUUUCGUUCAAAGGGUUUAACUCAGAACGAACAACGAGCACAUCGGAAAACCAAACCAAUGGGAAUAAUUCAUAUUCGAAGAGCGACGACGAAAUACCAUCUGUGUUCGAACAAAUCGUUGAAUGGAAUCAAAGACAUAAUGGAUCGAUAAGAACUAGUGGUGAACAAUUUAGUGAAAAGGUUGAAAACAUGUUUAAAAACUACAUAUCAUAUCUUCCACCUUUUAUGGGAAGCUAUAACUACAUAUUUUGGUUAAAUAUAUCAAUUGUUUCGAAAGAAUUAAUUGAGAUAGAUGAAGUAGAGGAACGAUUGUCUGUCGUGAUGGAGUUUAUGUAUAAGUGGAAGGAUGAACGACUUGCAUGGGAAUCUGAAACAUUGACAAAUGACAGUAAACGUUUUCAUUAUUUGCCAAUUGAUGAAAGUAAGAUUUGGACUCCUACCUUGGAGAUUUCUAAUCAGCAUUAUUCUAAAACACAAGGCGAUGGAAAAAAGAGCAACAGCGUUCUUUAUGUGUUCAUGGAAGGCUCGAUAAUUUGGUCACACACCAAACGUUUCAACACAAUGUGCAACAUCGACACAACGUACUUCCCGUUUGAUAGACAAAUAUGUCGUGUGCAUUUUUUUGCACCAAUUCCAUACUUGAAUUCUGCAUUAAACUUCAGCCACGAAGUAUUGAAUAAUAGACUGGACAAUGGAAAUUGGAGAUUGAUUGACACAAGAGUUUAUCAGAGUUAUAGCUAUUAUAAUUUAAUUUAUCAUAUGACGGUCGAGUUCAUAUUUGAACGCAAACCAUUUGCUCCUAUUCUUAUCCUGAUUAUUCCUGUGUUUAUGCUCGUGUCCCUUGCACCUUUGGUGUUCCUUCUCCCUAAAGAUGGAGGAGACAGGCUUGGACUCGCUCUAACAGUAUUACUUGCGGUAUCAGUAUACAUGACUUUGGUCGCAGACAAUCUUCCAUCCUCAUCUGAUCCUGUACCGUACAUCACCAUCGUCUUUUUUAUCUGGUACAUAUCCAGUGCCGUGAUUGUUGUACUCAUAUUGCUGAAUGCAAAGCUUUAUAACAAACGCAACAAUAAGACGAUCCCAAGGUUUCUACAGCGAUUGGUUCUUAUAAGCAGGCGAUGCUCCUGUCUGGAAGAUGACGAUAAUGAACAUACUGAAAACAAUCAAACGUGUAUUGAUGAAAGUGAAGCUCCCUUAGCUGAAAAGAAAACUGAGGCCAACGAUUCAAUUGAAUACCACUCAACUAGAACCAUCACUUGGCAGCAUGUUAGUUUGUGUUUAGAUAAAUGGUUCGUUAUAAUGUUUUAUUGCAUUAAACUACUGUUUGCAAUCAUCACUUUUAUCACGCUUUACAAUGGGGACAAACACAAAACCGAUACUGAGGAAACUCAUUUCGAUAAAACGGCAAAUCCUUAUAGCUACGGUGAUAUCAUUGACUUAUUGCUAGAUUUGAAUUGAAGAGUUAUUCAUAAAUUCAGCAAAACGUACACCUUCUUUAUGCUAUGACAAUCUUCUACGGCUUCUACGGCCCAGAAGAAAUGAAAUGCAGCGUUAAGAGACUCCUCUUAUGUUUUAUCUGCUGCUCAUUUUAGUUUCCAAUAAUAGUUCGAUAAAAUUCAAAAUAAACAUCGCAGAAACGCAUUAUAAAGAUAACGAGUUUUAUCUCAAAGAUGAGGAAAUGAAUUGGAACGGUGGCAAAAAUCGCACGCAAUACCAGAAAAAAAUACCAACACUCUUGAAGAUGAAUUUCAUUUCCUUUUAGAAUGUCGUUUAUACCAAUGUAUAUUAUUGUUUGACACAUUGAUAGUACCGAUACUAAAGGUUGGUUCAGAAGUAAAAGGUUUUUUUUUUCAAAAGCAGAUGUAACUUGGAAAAUUCACCUUCAUUUCAUAAAAAACAAAUGUUAUACAUUUUUUCUAUACGGAUAGUUAUGUAGUGUUCCACUAUGUGUAUAUCACUUGCCACCAAUCAUUCAAUUUUGAUUGAAAAUAACAACGACAGAAGUAAGAAAAACUAUCAGAUAACGGCAUAAAUUGACAUACAAAAUAAUGCAGCAGAAACCAACUAUUGGGUUUACUUAUGUUUGGCUCAACCAAGGGCCUGAAAAGAUAACAUAGUUUUUACUCAAAUUUUAUUCGUAAACUAAAUAUUGUUAUUAGGUAAACAUGGAAUGGAAAGCUAUGUGAAGUACCUAGAACAUAAAUAUAUGUACUUUCAAUGUUCAUAUAUUCAGAUGCAAAACAACCAGAAAGGUUUAGUACAACGUAAACAACUUUAAAAGUGGCGUCACAUGUACGGGCAGAUGGUAUGUACCAAAACAAAUACAAACAAGUUCUGCAAACAAAUGCCAUAACUCUGGUUUACUUAAAGCAGCAGGCAAAGAAAGCCCCGGUAUGCAACUUCAUGGACGGACGCACGGACGUGGGGGCAUUUAAAUGAACAAGAAUGACUUCUCUGCAAUACACUCAAUGACCAGUUUCAUUUUCUGAUAGAAUAUCCGUAAUAUCAUGAUCACUUUAGAAGUUAAGAAAUUAUUGUAAUUUUGUUUUUACUCCAAUAUAAGAGGAUAUUAAAAGUGAAUAACCAUGCAUAGAUGUACGGCCGUUAGUUGCAAAGAAUGCAGUUCAAAGGCAAAAACGUUGAAGUAGAAUAUUGGAAUUAGGAAUACUUGUGUGUGUUUCGGAGAAAAUGGGGUUUGUCUCUUGCUAUAAUCUGACUGAUAUGUCUUCAGCUUGAAUCCAAGAUAUGUAAAUUGUAUAAAUCAAGAAUGGGUACAUGGCAAUGAUCAAUUAUUGUUAACAAUUACUGAAAUUAUGUUGCUUGAAUAAAUUAGUACCUGAUUUUUUCAUUGCAUAGUUAUUAUAAUUUGAAAACUUUGUUUUCUUUAUUUUUUGCUUUAUGACACAUUUGUUGUAAUUGGUCCUUUGUGGUUAAAGAAACUACGGAUGUUUUAAUUAAUUAUUCUGCCAGUAUUUUUGGCCCAUUUAUUAACUAUGACAAUGAUAGCAUGACUUAUAAGAGUUAUUUAAACAUAUUUUAUUUGCUGCUGGGAAUUAAACAUAUAUAUAUAAAAAUAUAUAUUUAAGUGGGAUGUUUACAUUAUCAUUUAAAGAACGUAUUUCCUUGGCUAACAACUAUAAAUCCAACAUGAUUUUUGGAAAUGUAUGGUUUCCAUGGCAACCAAAAAAACACACACUUGAUUGAUCUUUGAAUACUUAAGCAUAUAGAUACAUUUUAUUCAUAGUCAUAUAUCAUUUAUUAUUGUGAUGGCAUUCAUUGUUUUAUUCAUGACAACAUUAUAAUACACGAGUGUACAUAGUCUACACGUUAAUUGUUAUACAUGUAUAUAGGUUGUUGUCAAUUUUUUCUCCCACCUCAGAUAAGUAGAUCCAAUAAUUUAACCAUGCUAGAAAUUCUUAUCUUGUCCACGGGCGAAGAUAAAAUGCCCGUAUGGAACUCCUUUUUAAUGGUCACCACAUUGUAAUUACCUCCCUUGUUGAAGACUGUCGUCUGUAGCAUCAUGGAAACCAUGUCUUGUGGCAAUAUUUAGAACGUUAAAUAAUUGUUCUCGCUUCAAAUGUCACUAUAAAACAGUUUUCACGCACCUUUUAUGAAAUAAUGCUUCACUCUCCUUAGAACUAUUUAAAGACCGGUUGACUAUUAAUAUAAUCUGAAUCACUGCGCGCAUAUCCACGACAACCACCAAUUAUCGCAUAUCCAUACGCAAUUAUUUUCACUAAGCACAAAAGAGUUCCAGCAAAAACCUCGUUUCCGCAAAACACCCUACGCUCGGGUCGGAAUGAACCUAUCUCACACUCUCGGCCAUGGAAAUACUUAUAAUCUAAAUAGCCAUUUUUAUGAUUUCUAUGUGAACACAUUUUUAUAACUCUAAAGGAUGACGUUUUUUCAUGAUAUAAACAAAAAAUAGUUAUUCUCUGUUUUUGUUAUUUUCUAUGGCAACCAAACAUAACCGGUCCAAUUAUUUAUCUGAAAAAAAAUAUUGAUUAAACCUGGCAAGUUAGAUAUUUUCAAUAAUUGCUAGUGCAAAAAUUGUUUUGGUUUUUACAGCAAAAGCUAGACUACGAUUGAACAGCUCACCUUGAUUCAGAAAAGUGGCAUGUUUUCUGCUAAAGGUUAAUGAACGGAUAUUGCUGUCAACGUUCCAUUUUACCUCAUAGCUGGCUUAAAUUUUAAUAUCGUAAUAAAAACAAUCGUGGAUCAAAAUCUAUUAAAGUCAAAUGUGAUUUUUACGCAUUUAAGCUGAUUUUUGACGACUUUUUGUUUUUAUAAUUUCAAUUCUAACAUGUUGUAAUAAUGUUAUCUAUUUCUACGAAAUGUUCACGUGGUGUUAUAUCUUCCAACAUUUAUGUUAUCGAUAUGAUGAUAAUGUUUAAAACCAUCGUAUCCAAAUUUAAUGGAGUACAGAAUUUUUAAAUCAAGAUAGUACUAUCAACAUUUAAACUUCCUUUUACUUUAUUUUUCCACCAUUUUAUUACACACAGUGAUAUCACGGAAUUCGUUAAAUCAGUGAAUAUUAAAGAUAUCAGCUUAAACCGUCAGCACUUUAUUUAACAUAGCACAUUUGGAAAAUGCAAAAAGCUGAAAAAGUAAUUUUU